CGUGCCUGGUCCCGCUUGGGGCGGAGCCGGCGCUCAGCUUCCCGCGGUGUUGGUGCGUCGUUCUCGAAGGGGGUCUUGCCUGGGCAAUAUGGUUCGGAAGCGCGCGGCCGGUAGGAAGCCGCAGGGACGCGAACCGUGCGGCCGGAAGGCCAAGGGCGAGAGCAUGGCCGGGCGUGAGGAGAAGGAGGCGGAUGUCUUGGAAGACAAGAAACCUCUAAAGAGGAGCCUUCUCUCCAAAGUCUCACAAGGCAAGAGGAAGAGAGGCUGCAGUGAUCCUGGGGGUCCAGCCAAAAAGAAAGUGGCCCAGGUGACUGUCAAAUCUGAAAACCCCAAGGUCGUGAAGGAUGAAGCCCUCAGCGAUGGGGAGGAGUUCAGGGACUUCUCCAGUGGCCGGAAGAAGUCACACCCCCCACAGAGAGAGGCUGCUGUGGACAAAGGCAGCUGUGAAGGAGACAAUGAGGAAGAAAGCGAAGAUGAUUGGGAAGAGGUCGAAGAACUUGGUGAACCUGUGCCAGGUGAUGUGGGAGAAAAUGCAGCCUUCUCUAAAUCUGUCCUGCCUGUGAAACCAGUGGAGAUAGAGAUUGAAACACCCCAGCAGGCGAAAGCAAGGGAAAGAAGUGAAAGGAUAAAAGUGGAGUUUGAGACCUAUCUUCGGAGGAUGAUGAAACGUUUCGGUAAAGAAGUCCGCGAGGACACGCACAAGGUUCACCUGUUGUGCCUGCUGGCAAAUGGUUUCUAUCGAAGUAACAUCUGCAGCCAGCCGGAUCUGCUUGCUAUUGGCCUGUCCAUCAUCCCAGCUCGCUUUACCAGAGUGCUACCUCAAGACGUGGAUGCCUGUUACCUGUCAAACCUGGUGAAAUGGUUCAUUGGUACAUUUACAGUUAAUGCAGACCUCUCAACCAACGAACGCGAUGAUCUACAGACGACGUUGGAAAGGAGGUUUGCUAUUUACUCUGCGCGGGAUGAUGAAGAGUUGGUCCAUAUAUUUUUACUGAUCCUCCGGGCCCUGCAGCUCCAGACCCGACUGGUGCUGUCUCUCCAGCCGCUUCCUCUGAAGUUACCCACAGCAAAGGGAAAGAAAGCUGCCAAGGAGACAUCUGCAGAAGAUCCUGGAGGCUCCUUGGAAACUUGCAGCCCAGUUCCAGAAAGCCAAACCAAACCCAAGACCAGCCAAGGAACCAGACAGGAGGCCACAUCUUCUAAGGGCCCUGGAGGUCCAAGUACCAAAGGGAAGAGGAGCAAGGCAGCCGCGGCCAAGAAGAAACGGAGAGAGCCCUCCUCCAGUGGGGAAGAGCACAAGGCGGGAGGGCGGCAGGAGGACACCCAGAGACGUCGGCCUGGCCGGGAGCGGCAGGUGGCCUCCAGGGUGUCUUAUAAAGAAGAGAGUGGGAGUGACAAGGGCAGCAGCGGCUCUGACUUCGAGCUCUCCAGCGGGGAAGCCCCUCAUUCAUCUGAUGAGGAUUCUGAGCCUGGCCUUCCCAGGCAGAGGAGGGCCCCAGCCCCCCAGAGGACAAAGGCAGGGUCCAAGAGUGACUCCAGGACCCAACGUGGAAGGCACCCUCAGCACCCCAAGCACCCUAGCUUUCCAGCAGCAUCCACGAGCUCUUCAAGCAGUAAGAGUAAGCGAGGCAAGAAAAUCUCCAGUGACGGUGAGGGGGCAGAAAGAGAGAAAGCUGGUGUAGACCAGUGGCUAGAGGUGUUCUGUGAGCAGGAGGAAAAGUGGGUGUGUGUGGACUGUGUGCAUGGUGUGGUGGGCCAGGCUCUGGCCUGUUACAAGUAUGCCACCAAGCCCAUGACCUACGUGGUGGGCAUCGACGGUGAUGGCUGGGUCCGGGAUGUCACCCAGAGGUACGACCCAGACUGGAUGACUGUGACCCGCAAGUGCCGGGUUGAUGCCAAGUGGUGGGCUGAAACCCUGAGACCGUACCAGAGCCCGUUGGUGGAGAGGGAGAAGAAGGAAGACUCAGAGUUCCAGGCAAAGCACCUGGGCCAGCCUUUGCCGACUGUCAUUGGCACCUAUAAGAACCACCCUCUGUACGCGCUGAAGAGGCAUCUCCUGAAAUACGAGGCCAUCUACCCUGAGACAGCCGCGAUUCUUGGCUAUUGUCGUGGAGAAGCGGUCUACUCCAGGGAUUGCGUGCAUACCCUGCACUCCCGGGACACAUGGCUGAAACAGGCGAGAGUGGUGAGGCUGGGAGAAGUGCCCUACAAGAUGGUGAAAGGCUACUCCAACCGGGCCCGGAAAGCCCGCCUCACUGAGCCGCAGCUGCAGGACCACAACGACCUGGGCCUGUUCGGCGAGUGGCAGACGGAGGAGUACCAGCCGCCCGUGGCUGUGGACGGCAAGGUCCCCCGGAAUGAGUUUGGGAACGUGUACCUCUUCCUGCCCAGCAUGAUGCCCGUCGGCUGCGUCCAGCUCAACCUGCCCAACCUGCACCGCGUGGCCCGCAAGCUGGACAUCGACUGUGUCCAGGCCAUCACCGGCUUCGAUUUCCAUAAAGGCUACUCCCAUCCCAUAACCGACGGGUACAUUGUCUGCGAGGAAUACAAAGAUGUGCUCCUGGCCGCCUGGGAGAACGAGCAGGCGCUCAUUGAGAAGCGGGAGAAGGAGAAAAGAGAGAAGCGGGCCCUGGGGAACUGGAAGCUGCUGGUCAGGGGACUGCUCAUCCGGGAGAGGCUGAAGCUUCGCUAUGGGGACAAGAGUGAGGCAGGAGCUCCCCAAGCACCUGCCGGAGAUGGACUCUCUUCUGAUGAAGAGGAGGGGACCAGCUCUCAAGCAGAAGCAUCGAGGAUCCUGGCUGCCUCCUGGCCCCAAAACCGAGAGGCUGAAGAAGAGCAGAAGCCAAAGUGCCCUAAGAAGACCAAGAGGGAGAAGGCGGCCGCGGCCUCCCACCUGUUCCCCUUUGAGAGGCUGUGAUGGGGGUGGCCACCUGUCGCACCCUGUGCUACGCAGGGCCCUGGUGGUGGUGGCGUCUCCUCUGAGAAGACCCAGAAGCUGCGUGCACCACGGACGAGGGCCGGGGGACAGGGGGGUCAAGCUGAGAUGGUGCCGUGGGUCUGGGCUGGCCCCGGGCCUUGUCACAUAGACCCAGGGUAGGGCUUUCAAAGCUGUCCGCUCCCACGCCCUAUGCUUUGAGCCACAGAACACUUCCCAGGAGACUCCCCUGCCACCUAGACGUUGCUCAGCCCACCUUCGGAAACGUGAGUCCGUUUUUUUACAGAAACCACUGGGCGAUUUAGAAAUGCACCAGCCCCUUCUUCUAGGUGAGUUCUUCAUCUGUCAGACCCUCGUGCUUUUGCCUCUCCUGCAGAUGUGGGACCCUUUCUCUGCGGGCCAGGCCUUUUCCCCUCAGCCAGGUGUGCUGACGCUGCCUGACGCUGCCCCUUCGUGGUGUGGCGAGGAGCAGGUGGGAAGGACGGGCAUCUCAGAUUAAUGCGGGGGGGGAUCUCCUUUUUGGAAAUGAUGCUUCAGGGUGGCAGAAGACUGGAACAAAGAGCUAAAAUCAGGGAAGAAAAGGAAAAACACUGAGAGUUAAAGAAAUGUUAGUCAAAGUGGAUCAGUGUUCGGCUAGAUUUUAUUCAUUAUGGAUAAGUUUAUAAAAGCUCUAUGCAUUGUAGAUAAUUCAGGAGAAAUAACUUUUGUAACAUUUUGAGGAAGAAAUAAAACAUUUAUCUAAAAAGACUCAGCUCUGCCUUUUCUUCCAGAUUUAUGGUCAGCUAAGAACACCUGCAUGACUGAGUGAUUUGUGCGCGUGUUGAGACUAAAGACCAGGUUUGUGUCUCCGGUAGACCAGGAACUCCUCAUUCCACACAUGGAAAUUUUUCUAUGUUUAAGCGAGGAGAGCUGUUUCUUAACCUUUGACGGGAGCCAUUAAAACUCUGAGCCAGUUCUCUCCAAGGGAAACAAACAGAACACUUGGGGUGUGACUCAUCGGCAGCGAGAGCUUGGCUGGGAGGCUGGUGUGGAGAAACAACCCGGGUCGCCAUGGAAACUGCAGGGCCUCGCGCUUCCGGCGCCAGAGCACACUCUGUCCUGGAAGUCAGCAACUUGUUCUUCGGGCAGAUAUCAGCUCAUUGGAGGCGUGAUGGAACAGAACCUCAGGUCUGAGAAGGAAGAGCAGGUUUUGGGAAAUCACCUGCUUCAAACCUUGUCACAAAAAGUACACAA